GUGGUUAGUUUCCAGGUUUAUCCAAUGAUGAUUUGGUCUCUGAUAUGUUUCAGGUGAGAUUGAGUAUGUCCAGGACGAGUUCAAGGAGAUGUUCCAUGGGAUCGCCGAGACCGUACCUCUAGUUUCAAAAUCUCGUUCUCAUUUCCUCUCCUCAUUCGGGCCUGGUGGGCCAUAUGAAGGGACUGUCGCCUUGUACAGGCGCAACACGUCUUCUGAAGUCAUAGGAAAGUUUGACGCACCAUUAAUCCACGCUCUAGCCGAUACGACCAUGGUUCGAUGGAUUGCUCAGAGUGGUGGUGGUUACGAUGAAAUCGACAUACAAGCUUGCAAAGAACGAGGAAUACUGGUGUCGAAUACUCCGGGAGCGAACGAGGAUGCGACUGCCACAGCCACUUUAUAUCUUAUGAUAUCGUGUCUGCGGCACUUCUCGAUGGCAGAACGCUCCCUUCGCUCUGGUACAUGGAAGACAACCUAUGAUGCGGCGCAAACUCAUGACGUUACUGGGCGCACGCUUGGUAUCUUGGGUUUAGGUGGCAUCGGUCUGAGAUUCGCUCGCCUUGCGCACGCCUUUCCCAUGCGAAUCAUAUACUUCUCACGAAGGAAGGUAGAAUCCGUACCAGACUGGUGCGAAUAUGUCUCAAGCGUGGAUGAGCUAUGCAAGAAGGCUGACAUACUGAGCCUACAUGUCCCUCUCAACCAAUCCACAGCUGGGAUGAUUGGAGAGAAGGAGAUCAGAACUCUGCAACGGGGCAGUUUGCUUCUAAAUACGUCACGAGGACGAAUAGUGGACCAAGAAGCGAUGAUACGAGCACUGGAGGACGGUCAUCUUUCAUCAGUCGGCUUGGAUGUAUACCCCGAUGAACCACGCGUAGAUCCGCGCUUAUUGACCUUCCCACGAUGUACACUUCUACCACAUGUUGGGGGAGAGUCAGCAGAAUCGUGGAGGACAAGAGAAUUGCAAGCAUUGGGCAACUUGAGAGCGUUUGUGUUGGGUGGAGUCGGGAAAGACAUUGUCCCUGAGCUGAGGGCAGAAAUCGGCAACUCGGCUACCCUGUAACCAUUGGCCAGCAACAGGCUGAACAAGAUCAUAGCGCUAGCAUAGAUGUAGAUGGAACUGCUAUCUUCAUGAUAAAAUGCGGCUUGUAUAAGGGAGGGACAUACCAAUAAUCGCAAGCCAGA